AUGCAGCUAGCUCCUCCCUUGCUCAGCCUCGACGGUCCAUCGACGAGUCCGAAGGACUGGUCGUCGUGGCGAAAGACAUCUUCCAUCUGCACGCUCAUCGUCAUGACAUUCGCCCUGACAGCCACGUCAACCUCAUACUCCUCUUCUGCCCGGCACAUUAUGUCCGACUUGCAUAUGUCACAAGAGCUCUUCGUCCUUGGCAUCAGCUUAUUUGUCCUCGGAUUUGGGGUAGGGCCUUUGAUCUUCGGUCCACUAGCGCAGGCAUUCGGCAAGCGUCCUGUCUAUUUCUUCUCCUACGUCUUAUUCACCGCCUUUUGCUUUGGCUGUUCAGAGGCCAAUAACUCCGCUUCCCUUCUAUGUUGCCGCUUCUUUGCUGGAUCUUUCGGAAGCACGACUCUAUUCUUGACCCCCGGGUCUAUCAACGAGCUCGUGGAGCCACGACAUCAGAACAGAGUGGCAUGCUUCUAUGCAUUUGCAGCCUUUCUGGGGCCUUCCGUCGGAACGUGCAUCUCCAGCUUUGUAGAUGAGGGAACGUCAUCGUGGCGUUGGAACCUUAGAGUCAUGGCCAUUUUCGUCGGCUUCACCACUCUUCUUUGCUUCUUCUUUGUCGAGGAAACUUCCUACCCGACAUCGCUCAAAACCAUUUCUUGGAGGCGCACUAUCAUCUCUCCGUUCGUCAUCCUCUUCAAGGAUCCGGUCGUCUUCUUGACAAGCUUCUACCUGGCACUCCUCUACGGCUACAUGUACGCCUUUUUCGCCCUCUUUCCCCUCGUUUUCGGGGAGAUCCGGCACUUUUCCCCAACGUCGCUCGGCCUCAUCUACCUCAGCCUUCUCGUCGGGGGUCUCGAAUACUAUGUCAAGCGCAAGUACCUCGACAAGAAGCUACAGCCACCACCCGAGGCUAGGCUCGUGCAGGGUCUGUGGGCGACGUUCCUGCCCGCCUUUGGGCUCUUUAUCUUUGCCUGGACUGCGCCUUUCCCUUCUGUCCACUGGAUUGGCGCCAGUGUCGGCAUGUUUGUCUUUCUCUUGGGAGCAUACAUCUCCUUCAUCUGCCUCAUACCUUACCUCGUCAUCUACAGCGGGCCACAAGCGACGGCAGCGCUGACGGCUGUUAUGGUGACGCGCGCCGCCUUUGCCACGGGCUGGCCCCUCGUCGUUCGGCAGAUGUGCGACAAGAUGACGGUCCAAGGCGCCAGCUCUUUCCUUGCGGGCUUGACGCUGCUCAUGGUCCCGCUCAUCUGGGUGCUCUACCUCAAAGGCGCACAGCUGCGCGCUAGAAAGCUGGAUGAAACAUCAGGUCCCAAUGGCCCGCUACGCUCGGCUGUGGAGAAUUCCGAAGUGGCAUCUUCUGCGACGGUCAAGGAGGAAGCAGCAUAAUUUUCUCUUCAAACUUCCCCGAAUAGCAUGGCAUACCUUGUGGUUCUGUGGGAUGCGAGCUUCAACACCGUGAUUGUUGGAAGCAAGUAGAGCUCGUGGUGCAACAGCAGGACAUGCGACUUGCUUUGACACGAUGAACCCAGGCCCAGUCUGCACAGUGCUUUCACUUGUGCUAUGCCACGAAGAGCAGACGAAGGCCUUCUCUAUCCUUAUCUCCUUCUUCGGAAUUGCGUCCGACUCAAGGUAUAACGAUGGCUCUUCGGUCGUGACCGAUUGGUUCCAUAGCUCUGGUCUUCGGUCAGUCGAGAGGCUUAUAGUGUCGAACGGCAAAG